CCACUCCGCCCCCCUCCCCUCCUCGGGUCUCCCUCUCUGGUGCAAGCGCAGUGUCUCUGAUCUCCUUAAUCUGUUCUUAACAGCGAGGCUGCGUGCUUCCGUUUGUUUUACAAACGAUGUGCCCGUGAGCCGAUUCACACAGAUCUGCGCUCUGAUGUAACCGUGCGUCUUCGGCCAAUCGGCGCGCAGCAGCUCUACAGUGGGCCCAUCUUCUGCGUGCAUUCACAAACGGAUGUGCUAAGUGUUGAAUGUACUGUACAUACACAGCUCGGACCAUGGCGGAAGAGGACGAGACGAGAAUUCGGAUUUUACAGAGCCUGCGGGGGAAGAUCUGUGAAGCUAAGAACCUAGGUCCUUGCUCUGGGCCAAACCGCUUGCGGGACCUGUGCACCUUCUGUACAAUCAGCCUGGACCAGGAAGAGGUUUUCCGGACCAAAAUGUCAGAGAAAAGUCCGAGCCCUUUCUAUGGAGAAGACUUUUAUUUUGAAAUUCCCCGGCCAUUUCAGUAUUUGUCCUUCUACGUGUAUGCAAAGAGUGUGUUCCAGAGGGACCUGCCAGUAGGGAAGGUAGCGAUUCGGAAGGAGGAUCUAUGUAAAUUCAGCGGGAAGGAGCACUGGUUUUGCCUGCAGCCUGUGGAUCCCAACUCAGAGGUCCAGGGGAAGGUUCACCUGGAGAUGCGCCUGAAUGAGUUGAUCACCGAGAACGGUUCUGUCUGUCAACAGCUGGUGGUCCGGAUAAUUGAAUGCCAGGGCUUGCCACUUAUCAACGGACAGAGCUGUGAUCCGUACGCUACCGUCUCCCUUGUCGGACCAGCCAGGUCUGACCAGAAGAAGACCAAAGUGAAGAAGAAAACCAGUGACCCCCAGUUCGAGGAAACCUUCUACUUCGAGGUCACACGGUCCAGCAGCUAUACGAAGAAGUCCCACUUCCAGGUGGAGGAGGAGGACAUAGAAAAACUUGAGAUCAAAGUGGACCUGUGGAACAAUGGAAAUCUGGCACAGGAUGUUUUCCUGGGAGAGACGCGGGUGUCUGUCAAGAUUCUCCGCAACGACUCUAUUCACCGUGCCUGGUAUUUGUUACAGCCAAAGGGCAAUGGGAACAAGACUUCGAAGCCAGACGACCUCGGGUCCCUGCGGCUGAACGUGACUUACACCGAGGAUAACGUCCUGCCCUCUGAUUGCUACAAUCAUCUCCGCACACUGCUGCUUAAAUCCCCCGAAGUGAAGCCCAUCUCGGCGUCAGCGGCCCAUAUCCUGGGAGAUAUCUGCAGGGAGAGGUACGAGGCGGUUCUCCCGGUCGUGCGUCUUCUCCUGCAUCACAAUCGCCUGGUCCCGUUUGUGUCCGCGAUCGCGGAUCUGGAGCUGGAGCAGACACAGGAGGCCAACACCAUAUUCAGGGGGAACUCGCUUGCAACACGCUGCAUCGAUGACAUGAUGAAGAUCGUAGGGCGGAGCUACCUGACCGUCACCCUGAAGUCCGUUUUGGAUGAGAUAUGUGAAUCCAACAAAACCUGCGAAAUUGACCCUGUAAAACUGAAAGAGGGAGACAAUGUUGAAGUAAACAAGGAGAACCUGCAGCAGUAUGUACAGAAGGUGUUCUCCUCCAUCACUCAGUCCAGUGUGAGCUGCCCUCCCGUCAUGUGUGAUGUCUUCAGGUCCCUGAGACAAAUGGCCUCCAAGCGCUUCCCCAAUGACCCACACGUGCAGUACUCUGCUGUCAGCAGCUUCGUGUUUCUACGUUUCUUCGCUGUCGCCGUUUUGUCACCACACACCUUUCAGCUCCGCCCCCAUCAUCCUGACCCAGAGGUAUCCCGUACACUAACCCUCAUCUCCAAAACCAUCCAGACGCUGGGGAGCUGGGGAAGCCUGUCCAAAAAUAAACUGUCCAGUUUUAAAGAGUCUUACAUGUAUGAUUUCUUCAAAUCAUUCCAAGAAGAGAAAUGCAUACAGGAAGUUAAAAAGUUCUUAGAUGAGAUUUCCUCCAAUGUGAGCAAGGAGUCCAUCGGGGUGGAGGACUCUGUGGUUCUGAAGGAGGGUGAGGUGCACAAGCGGGCCCAGGGCAGGAAACGCAUCAUUGGCAAGAAGAACUUCAAGAAGAGGUGGCUCCGUGUGACCAACAGAGAGCUCUCCUACCACAAGCACAGAGGCAAAGAGGCCCUCUGCAUUAUUCCUGUAAAGAAUAUCCUGGGAGUGGAGAAACUGGAAGAGAACGCCUUUAACCGGAAAAACAUGUUCCAGGUGAUCCAUGGAGAGAAGCCGCUGUAUAUCCAGGCCAGUAACUGCGUGGAAGCUAGCGAGUGGAUCGAGGUCCUGAGCCAGGUCAGCCGCUGCAACCCUGGGCGACUGAGCACCUUCCACCCUUCCGCUUACCUGAGUGGGUCCUGGCUGUGCUGCAAGGCUACCAGCGAGAGCCAGCCGGGCUGCAAGCCCUGCACUACCACCAUGCCAGUAAACAUACAGCUGGACAUUGAUUGUGACCGUGAGACUGAGAGAAUCUUCUCCCUGUUCUCCUCCAACUGCUCCAAACUGCAGAAGAUGGAAGACGCCUGUGCCAGCAUUGCUGUGUACCAGGGACCCCAGAAGGAGCAGGAGGACUAUUCCCUCUUCACCAUCCAGGACCCCAAGGAGACCUUCCACACCAUCCAGCAGAUCCGUCAGCUCCUGGAGCAGCUGAAAAAUGACCAUGCUGCUAUCAGGAGUGCUGUCACUGCCACAUAUGGCAGCCAGGAAAACCCCAUAGUAGGGAAAACCUCCUAAAGAGCACUGCAAAGGGACUUGGUCAGAAAGGGACAGCCAGUCCAGCAGAUGGCGGUAUACUCCCAGCCAGAGUUUAACACUGGAGCAACACAGCGCUGGGAUAUGCACUGAGAAUGCUGCUGCUUCCGUGAGGAGAAGGAACGCACACCCCUGGCACCGAGAUCUCCAGAUGAAGGUGGAAAUGAGGAAGUAGAAAUCCUGACCACUGCAUGGUUCUCUUAUUAGUUACUUCAAAAGCGGCUCACUCCAUUUUUUUUCCUGUGAAAGGCAAUCUCUCUCCCUUUCUCUCUGAAUCUCUUGCUCUCAUUUCAGUUUAAAGAAAGGAUUGCAAUAUGGCAGGCAUUAAUUUGCGUAAUAUGAAUUUGACCCUUUCACUUUCUCUACAGAGCUGUGGAAAAAAAACGAUUUCACAAGUUGUUUUGUGUGAAUAGGCUGCUAAAAUACAAAUGUUUUAAGAAGCAUUUUAAAAUCUUCACCAAUAAUGAAGCCGCAUUUACAGUCUCUGACAUGUGAUGUUCAAGGACAGUGGCAAUGAAACCGCCAUUAGUUUGGUACAGAAUCCACAAAGGGAAUAUUUUUCUCUUUUCUUUAGCUCCCCUCUGCACUUUGGGAAGAAGUGCAUGUUUUUAUAGAGUACGAUUCGAGAGAUAACAGAUCUGCCUUAUUUUAUUUAUGGAUGUAUA